UCCUAGGGUCGAGCGGACAGGACUCAUAGUUGGAGCGACAUCGGGCCUAGGCAGACGUCUGCCUAGGUCCCCAAGCCCCACAAUGGGGCGUUUAUCUUGCUUUCACCGUAAAGUGAGGCGUAAACGUAAAUUAAAACGGUUCUCGAAGGCGAUCGAAGACAUCAUCAAGCGCCAAGCCAUGGCGCUCCAGGAGGGGCCCCUGUCGCCGGCCCUCCCUCAGGCACCGCUUGCGCGCUCCGACUCGGCUGAUUUCGAUGAUAUUGAGGAAUUUCAAGAUGCAUUGGAGCCAACGAUGGACUUGAAUAAGUCCCUAGAAGAUUGCGAGCUCGCAAUUGAAAAAUUCUUCUCCAAUAAUGUGAAAGGUGCCGCGGACGUGAUGAAACCAUGGAAAGAGAAGUCCCUCUACCAUUGUCACGGCGCAGCCAUCUUCGAGUUCAUCCCGGCGAUGCUGACGAUGGACCCGCAGCAGAUCCAGAAAGCGCUCGGCGCGGUCAAGGACACAAUCUCACUGUGCAACCGCCUGCGCAAGUCCUACACCUUCGUGGAAUCUCUGGGGAGCAUCGUGAAGAAGCCAAACUUCGCCGCGUUCUCGGAGCUGGAGGCUCACGCGGAGCUGAUAAACGCGGAGGCGCUGCUGGUGCACGCGUGCCUCGUCGCGCUCGAGGGGGAGGACCUCACUGGCCUCAUCAAAGCCACCCUCAAAAUCAAAAACAGUCACGACUCUUACAAGGACUGUGUCAAGAUACUGGACAAAAAGUUGUGGGAGGAUGAGACAUCUCGUACGCACUUCGAGAGUGGAGUGCGCAUGGGCGUGGCCACCUUCAACGUGAUGAUAUCCCUGCUGCCGCCCAAGAUCAUCACCGUACUAGAGUUCGUGGGCUUCUCAGGGGAUAAGGAGUACGGUCUCACGGAGCUGCUGGUGGGCGCCAGGUCGCCGGGCCUCCGCUCCGUGCUGUGCUCCAUGACCCUACUGGUGCAUAACCUGGUCAUUGGCCAGUUCGCAGCCAUUCCGCCCAACUUUGAGCUCGCGGAGAAACUCAUUAACGAAAACCUACAGAAAUACCCGGACAGUGCCUGGUUCCUCAUGUUCAAGGGCAGAAUGGAACUGCUCUUGGGGCAACCGGAAAAAGCUGUUUUAACUUACGAAAGGGCCUCAAGUACUAGCGGCCUUUGGCCCCAACUCGUCCACCUUGCUUAUUGGGAAAGCAUGUGGGCGCACGCGAUGAUGGGCAACUGGAAACAGUCCUCGGAAUUCGCGGCAAAGCUCUUAGAACAGAGCAUGUGGUCCCGUACCGUAUACGCGUACACUUGCAUGGCGACUGCCCUGCACAUUAACGAGCCCAUCCCAGAGCAAAGCUGGGUUGAUGGACUCAUAGAGGCGGUUAACAACUACCGUCAACGUAUCCUCGGACGUUCACUACCAAUGGAGAAAUUUGCACUGAAACGAUGCGAAAGGUUCAAGGCGCGCGGCCGACUCGUUCUGCCAGCAGUUGAGCUUCUUUGCAUCUGGAACAUGUAUCCAUCGAUUGCAAACAACAAGGAUCUUGCUGACCAGAUGCUGAAGCAAAUUGAAGAAAUGUACGCCACAAUAGAAGCCGGGCUAGAAGAACUAAAAGCCAUAGAGGCGAACCUCAAAGAACUAGAAGAGACCAAGGAUAAGAACAUGCCGCGACCCUUCGACGCCGACGACCUGGCCCUCAUCCGACACCUGCGGGGGUCCCUACUCUCCGCUAUGAACUAUCCGAGACUUGCGCUCAAAUACUUAGAACUUAUCUUAAGGCACAAGGAAGAAAUUAAGGAGAACACGUUCCUGGUUCCGUACACGCUUGUAGAAGUGGCCAUGUGCCACCACAAGCUCGGGGACCACCACCUCGCCAUGAAGAUACUCAACGACGCUAGGAAGAAAUCGGGUUACUCCCUCGAGUCCCGGCUCCAAUUCAGGAUUCAUUCAAAGAUCGAGGCUAUACGGAACUACCUCAAGGCCCCACCCCCGAGCGAGGCGACCUACGCCGGGCACCGCACCAGGCUAGACAUGCCAGGUACCCUAGGCACCCAAGGAAACCUAGUCGUCACCACGCAACCCGUCAAAGCUCCAGAAGUCAACGGAAACAAGGACGAUAAGAAAGCCAAGAAAGACAAAAAGGACAAGAAGGAAAAGAAAGAGAAAAAAGAAAAGAAGAAAGAUAAAUCGCCCAAGAAGGAGGAAAAGGUCGAGUCCCCUGUUCCGGGCACGUCCAAGGACUUUCCGGUGAAGAAGGACAGCAUCAUCACGGAGGACGGAGUGAUUAUCUCGCAGCCGAAGAAGGGAAAAGGAGUGCCCCUGAGCAUGUUCCCGCCUAAUAGGGGCGAAUGACACAGGCCUUCCGGGAAGGGCUUAAAGUUCAACCGGAUAACUGCACUGAUAUGGCGCUUCUUCAUCUGCCCAGCCCUUCACCCGGCAAUGGCGUUCCCGAACGUCGACACCAUGAGAUACUAUGAUAUCUAAAGCGGAUGCCACUAAUUGGACAAAAACCGGAUUUAUUAACAUGUAUACGAGAAAACGACUCGUUCAUAGACAACGAACUAAUUUGGUCAUUCCGGAAAAAACCCGGAAUUGGCAACAAUGGAAAUUCACGAUAAUAAUAAAUUUCUUCGAGCUUUGACUUGAUGAACUUUUUAAAAUGAUACGUGUUGAAACAUUUUGUAAGAUACGCUGAACGUUAUUGCCAGUGACGAACUCCUGUCACUCUUGCCAAUGUUAUAAUUAGAUAGUUCAGUCUCCGCCGGCCCGCGUCCGCGUGUCUGUGAACUUUGGGGCAAGCGAUGUUAAGUGUUGUGCCGAAUUAAUGUGUAGUUGUAGGAGUUUAAUUAUUGUAAUAGUGUUAUAUAUUAGAAUAUUCUUAUUUAGUAUUAUACUAAAUCCUCCUGACCAAUCUAUUGUUGAAUUGAACUGAAAUUUGUCCUGUGUAAUUUUCAAACACCUCAGAUGGUCAAUGGAGUAUUUUCUGAAUAAAGAGGGCCUAAUAAACUAAUAAUAUAGGUAUGCCAUCUUGAACUUGCGUUAAAAAUAACUCGUUGGCUUCUGCCCAACUCCUGUUUCUGUCAACAUAGAGUUGUAAAGCGUUGGCGAACAAAAAAGCAUGGAGUUGCAAGGAAUUUAUUGUUUUGUUUUAUAUAUAAGGACUGGAGGGUAUUUGACACCCGUACAGACCGAACGUAUUUGCUAGUGGUAUGAACUAUAUAAUUAUUCCUACGCAUACAUCGAAUGUCAUUAUUUAUUUCCUAUAAGUGUAUUAGUAAGUCACGAGAAAUAUUUUUUAAAAACAAAAUUUAAUGUUAGUGUGUUUUAACUGUUUGGAAAUUUCAAAUUUGAAUGUUACAAUAAAAAUUUAAGUAUUUUAUUUAUUGCAAUGGAUUUGGUGAUUUAAGUAAUGGUUAAUGAGGCGCGAAGGUUGUGACUGUAGUUAGGUGUAGACUAGGCAUAGGUCAUAGGUUAUACAAAAAUGGUGACAGCCGUCCAGGCAUAUGCGCAUAUUAUCGCGGCACCUGUACAGGUAAGGCAUAGAUAGGUAUAAAUAGGUGAUAAGAAUCGUAAAGACAACAGGUAGUUUUCAAAAGAGGGAUGCCAAGCAGUUUUGUAAAUAACAAUUUUAUAAAUUUUUACAAAUUUAUAGCAUUUUAUAUAGGCGAUUUGAAUUGUUACUUCAUAUUUGAAGAUUUUUAGGUUCUUUUUAUAGAAAAUUAAGUCCAAAUUAAAUAUAGUUCCUCCUAGCGGGUGGUAAAUCAAAAGAGUGGCUUGUGAUUAAGUUAUAACAGAUAAUAUAAAAGUUAUGGUAUUUCACCGUGUGCUCCAACGUCAAUUACUUACGUCCGGUUUAUAUUUUCGAUCGAUCAUUCAUUACCAUAAUAAUAAAGCUUUCAGUCUUCAUAAAAGACAAAUAACAUCAUUGUCCUGCAGUAAUGGUAAAUCGAACAUACAAACCGUCGUUAAUAAUCACAGACCUUAAUUAGAUAACUUCUUAUAAGGCGUGUUUCAAGUAGGCGCUAAGCUCUAACAACACUCCAUUAUGCAAUCUCACCUCACCCGAUGCAGACGUCACUGACACAACACGCUGUCCAGUUUAAUAUGUAGUAUGUGAACUUAAGAACAAUUUAGUCAUACAUAUACACAGGCUACAGGCCGGCAACUGUUGAAUAUCUAUAAAUCAAUAGUGUAAUGGUGUUGACGCGUCUCAAACUCCAUUAUUUCAGACUUCGUCGAGUUAACAGGGAUCUCGAUUUCAUGCGAUCUUCAUCAGAGCUCUCUUCAUUUUCCUCCAGAUUCACAACUUCUAUUUGAAUUAUUUUACCAUUAGUCCGUCACAUAGUUGAUUGAACUUUAUGUAAGUUUACCUAGUUUGGAUUUAGCGAAGUGCCGCUCUGAGAUCGGCCCACGCGAAAGACAAUAGCUAUUACAAGCCUAAUAUCUUAUGUUGGGCCCUAUUCGCUUAGCGGCCAGUAGGGGUUCUUAUCUUAUUUUUAAUUACUAUUCUAUGUUAUGAGAAAUAAUUGUUAAACAAUUGGUUUCUUUUUGUUGUUUAAAUGCGUUGAUAUUAUUUUGAUAUGCUUAUCGUUACAUACAUUUAAAUAUCAUUGUUCUUUACGAAUAGUUGUUUCGAAUAAAUAUUAAUGUUACUAGUGCGUUGUCUCCGCGGCCUAACCGUGAUGUAUAAACAUAACAACGUGUGUACAUAAUGAUUUAUCAGCUUCGGUUAAUAAGCUUUGUAUAAUACUAUCUGCAGUUCUGUCUCUUAUAGAUGAAUAUACUAAUUUAAGCUCCUGCGGUCACCUUGUAUGGACUUUAUAAUUUAACAACUGUUAGUAAUUAUUUUUGCGCAAUCACUAAUAUUAAUUAGCAUUUAAAUAACAGUUAAUUAAUGUAGCCUGUGCCAUUGAAGGAUAGAAUUAAGAAAGAAUGAGGUGGCCGAUCGCGCCCCAUCUCGCUUGUCCCUUGCACUUCGAUUCUAUCCUUUAUUGAGACGGAUAACCUAGUGUACUCAUGUUAUAAGGAUAGUUGGGAAACACAAACAUGUUGUGCUGUUUAGAUUAAAAAUGUAUACGAUUUUGAUACGAUAUGGUGUCUAUAGCCUAUUGGAAAUAAAGAUAUUGUCUCAAACACAAAUAACACAUAACAUCGGGUGUUCUAGUGUACUUAAUUGAUGUAGACCUAGUUAGAUUAUUAUCAAUUAAAAGGAUGUUGAAAA